AUGUCGGCAGCAUCGUCCAGCGGCCUACGAAGGGCCACAAACGCCAGCAACAUGGCCGGCCCAUCGUCGUCGCCUCGCUGGUUCUCCCAGACUCAGUCCGCCUCGCCGCCGUCCGCCCCGUCCGUGGUGACAGCCUCGGCCGCCGCCACAGUCUCGCCCGCGCCCGCGCCCGCACUGCAGCCCACGCUGCCCUCGGCCGAAACGCAGCGGCACGUCUCCGAGGCGCGCGCCGCGGUGGUCGCCUCCAUCGGCAACAUGCUGGACUCGGAGCUGCAGUCGCGCGCGAGCAUCUUGCACGAGAACGCCGCGGCGCUGGAGAAGCAGGAGCGGGACGUGCUGCGCGCCACCGAGGGCCUGCGCAAGGAGACGCAGAAGCUGAAGACAGAGGCGGACAAGGCGGCGAGGAAGGUCAAGGAGCUGGGCAAUGUGCAGAACUGGGCCGAGGUGCUGGAGCGAGGGUUUCUGGUGCUGGAGGAGACUGUGAGGCUUGCUAACGGAGGGGAGGAUACGGAUGAGGAUGGGGGCAGUCAGUGCAGCUGCAGCUGCAGCGAGUGCGGCAGGGAGUCAGAUAUGAACGACGAAGAGGACGAGGGCAACGAUAGCGGCAAUGGCAACGCCAACAAUGGUGUCGAUAACGGUGCUGAGAGGAGAAUGGAUGUGGAUGGCAUGUCCGAUGCCAGUCGAAGCCUGAUGGACCUAGACUCAAGUACCGGCACGGGGCGAGCAAAGGGCUCCGAAACGGCGUCUAUUUCGACGGGGUGA